UCCGUUCUGUAGCGUUUAGCUAAUAAUAUGUAUUCUGUGGUUCGGUUUAAAACUGCGAAGUGCAAAUAUUGUUUAUAGGAAUGCAGAAUAGUUUCAGUGUAGAAAUAAUAAGUGCGUAAUAAAUAUGGAGGAAGAAUAUAUGGACACACAAGACUCCGCCGCGAGUGAUAGUAAUCGCAAUGAUACAAAUGAUAAUAACAGUGAAACAAAAAAUGACUUCGAUUUUGGUUAUGAAGACUCGUAUGAUGAUGAAGACAGUGGAAAUGGUUACCGAGGAGCACCGCGAGGCCGCGGUAAUUUCAGGGGUCGCGGCAGAGGCAUGCCGCCCCCCGGCUGGAUGAACGGACCUCCACCAAUGCGUUUCCGUGGCCGGGGCUACGGCCCGGGCGGGCCUCCGAUGCGGGGCCGUGGGUUCUUCCGCGGCCGCGGCGGUCCCAGAUUCGGUCCGAACGGGGGACCGAACUUUGACAACAACUGGGGGCCAAUGGGACCGCCCCCGCCCGGUAUGAUGGGCGGCCCGCCGCCGUUUGGCCCACCGCCGCCGGGCAUGAUGCCGCCCGGCGGGCCGAUGGGACCGCCACCGAAUAUGAUGGGACAGCCCCCGCCGUUUGGCCCGCCAGGCAUGCCGCCGCCUAAUAUGCCGCCGCCAGAAAUUUGGGUGGAGACGAAAUCGGAAGAGGGCAAAUCAUACUACUACCACCACAGGACGAGGGAAACUACAUGGACUCGCCCGCAGGAGAGCCCCACGUGCAAGGUGAUCACGCAAGCGGAGAUGGAGGCUAUGGCUUCUAGCGGCCAGCAUCCAGGCAUGGGCAACCAAUCCAUGCCGAUGGGCAACCCGAUGGGGCCCCCCAUGGGCAUGAUGAACGGCAUGAUGGGCAUGAUGCCGCCCGGCGUGGGGCCCCAAGGUGGGGGCCCCGGCGCUGUGCCCCCGUUUAUGACGCAGCCCCCGCCGUGGGUUAAGGAGGAUGGCCAGAAUGACAUUACUGCGAAACAAGACCAACCCGAAGCGGCAGUUGACAUGGACGAAAUGCCGCCGGGCGAAUCUAUACAGAAUAAUCAGCAGAUGCCCAAUUCAGCACCGCAAACGACAACAGCGCCAUCGGGGCCCCCGUUAGGCCCUGGGGCCCUGGGACCCAACGCGACCGGGCCCCCGACGGGCACCUGGGGACCCUGGGGAUGGGGCCCACCGCCGAUGGUAGCGCAGCCCGGCUUUGUAGCCCCCGAGGGGAACGGCGCCCCACAACCAGCGGCGAAUCAAAUGAACGCACAAGUGACAAACGACACGGAUUCACCGAUAGUUUUAGAUGGUACACCGCCGCCCUCUAAGAAGGAACCCACCGUGAUACCCCCAGAAUUAGAAGCGGCAGCAGCAGAGUGGACUACACAUGUAGCCCCGGACGGAAGGGCGUACUACCACCACGCGGCUCGGGCGCAGAGCGUGUGGGUGAAGCCGGAGCCGCUGCAGAGGCUCGAGGAAUUAAAAGCCAAAAUUGCCUUCGAAAAGGGAGAGAAGACAGAGAAGAAGAAUGACCCAAUAAUACUUGACGGUGUCAUAGACGUCGACGAGCUAACCGACGCGGAAGCGGCCGCGGAAGCUGCGCGAGUAGAGAAGGAGAGAGCGGAGAGAGAGAAGGAGAGAGCGGAGAGAGAGAAGGAGGAGCGCGAGCGGGAGGAGAGGGAGCGAGAGGAGAGGGAGAGGGCCGAGCGGGAGAGAGCGGAGAGGGAGAAGCCGAAGCCGGACAAGAAGAGGCCGGUGACGAGCAUGCCUAUAUCUGGGACUCCAUGGUACUUGGUAUGGACAGGCGAUGGGCGCGUGUUCUUCUACAACCCGACCGUCCGUCUGUCUGUGUGGGAGCGACCGGCACAACUGCUGGGCCGCAAAGACGUGGACGCGGCCGUCGCUCAGCCGCCGCACUUGGCGCAGCCGCGCAAAGACACGGCGGUGACUACGCCGUCGAAGACGAACGGUGAACUCAAACGAGGCAUCGACUCAGACAGCGAGUCCGAUACGGACAUCAAGAAGAGCAAGAAGGACGAUGCAGUAGCGGCCACGGCCGGCGUCAACACAGCCACUGCUCCAGCAGCAGCAGCAGCAGCAGCAGCAGCAGCAGCAGCAGCAGCCCGCAAGCCGAAGCUGGACGCGAGCGCAGCGCUGGAGGCCGAGAUGCUCGCUGCUCGGAAGCGGCUCGAGCUGCCGUUCGAGCAGCGCGUCGCCGACUUCCUGCAGCUGCUGCGCGAGAACGACGUGUCCGCGUUCAGCCCGUGGGAGAAGGAGCUGCACAAGAUCGUGUUCGACGGCCGCUACCUGCUGCUCGAGUCCAAGGAGCGCCGCCAGCUGCUGCGCGAGAACGACGUGUCCGCGUUCAGCCCGUGGGAGAAGGAGCUGCACAAGAUCGUGUUCGACGGCCGCUACCUGCUGCUCGAGUCCAAGGAGCGCCGCCAGCUGCUGCGCGAGAACGACGUGUCCGCGUUCAGCCCGUGGGAGAAGGAGCUGCACAAGAUCGUGUUCGACGGCCGCUACCUGCUGCUCGAGUCCAAGGAGCGCCGCCAGGUGCGUGCGUAG